GUCGAGAGACUCUGUGUGCGGAGUAUCCCUGCUGACUGCUACAUAACAUCAGUGUGGGAAAUUGCUGGUCUCAACUAAGCUUGCCGCCCUGCCUCUCGCUUCCUUUGCACUCCUCCCAAUACAUGCGAGAAGAGCAGCCCGUUUCUAUGUUCUCUUCAUGUGACCUGCCCAGCACGUAAAAGGCGGUUUGCUCUCAUCUUGCUCCCCCAAAGCCAUGCAGCUAGCCACUUAUCUGCUCCAGGCUCUUCAUCUCCUCUCCGGAUAUUUCGACAAUUGGUUGCCCUCGCCUAAUGACGCCAUUCUUGCAUCGACCGAGAAGCUAGUGGACCCUAGAUUCCCUUAUGGGAGCAAGAAAGUGCGCGGCGUGAACGCCGGUGGAUGGCUUAUCUUGCAGCCAUGGGUAACUCCAUCGCUUUUCGAUAAUACGGGUAACAUCAAUAUCGUGGAUGAAUGGACGUUCUGUUCUUUGCAGGACAGACCAACUGCGGUCACCACUUUGCUGAACCACUGGAACACCUUUUACACAGAAUCUGACUUUGCUGCUAUCGCUGCAGCAGGCUUGAAUCAUGUUAGGAUCCCUAUCGGGUACUGGGCAUUCGACACAUCUGGAGGCGAACCGUUCAUCACUGGGCAGUCUCCGUAUCUUAUUAGAGCCGUUGGCUGGGCCAGAAAUCAUGGUCUAUUUGUGAUCAUCGACCUACAUGCCCUUCCUGGAUCCCAGAAUGGGUUUGACACCUCCGGCCAUAAGGGUCCUGUUAACUGGCCAAAUCUACAAUCCAAUAUUGAUCGUACCAAUGCUAUAAUUAAAACCCUUGCAGCGGAGUUUUCUCAGGCUUCAUACGCCAAUGUCGUCAGUGCUAUUCAGCCGGUCAAUGAACCGGCGGGGUUUGUGGGUGGUAACAUUCUUCCUGUAACCCGUCAAUACUAUUAUGACUCCUACGGCAACAUACGAGUAAACGGGGCUGAUGUAGUUGAGAUUCUUCAUGAUGCUUUCCAGGAUCUCUCUUUUUGGAACGGUGUUAUGCCAUAUCCAAACUUCAAUAAUGUCUUGAUGGACACACACCAUUACCAAAUUUUCACCGAUGCCGAAGUUGCAUUGUCUUGGCCCCAGCAUAUUACCACUGCUUGUCAGCGCGGCAGUGCUAUUGCCUCAUGGGCCAAUACAUCUGGAAAUUUGUGGACGAUCGUUGGAGAAUGGACGACGACUCCUUACGACUGCGCUAAAUACGUCAACGAUCGGGGUCUUGGAUCUCGUUACGAUGGGACAUAUCCUGGCUCCCAAAUACAUGGCGUUUGCGGGCCCUUCACUGGAUCGUCGAGCGUAUUCAGUAGUGCUUACAAGACGUUCAUGCGCCAAUUUUUCGAAGCCCAGACAAGCUCUUUCGAGAAGGCAGCCGGGUGGAUUUAUUGGACAUGGAAGACCGAGGCCACAGAUGAGUGGAGCUACCAAAAGGGUCUUGCAGGAGGCUGGAUCCCUCAAGAUCCUACGCAACGUCUGUACCCUAAUAUCUGUAGCUGA